UUUGAAGCUAGUGGGUGGAAGUGUUGGGGAUGCAGAAGAUAGGGAUAGGUUGAGAGAGAUGAUUCGCUGUGGCGACCCCUGAAGGGAAAAGCAGAAAGAAGAAGAAGAAGAUUGGUGAAGCUCCAGGGUCCUGGUCCCACCCAUUUGGAGUCCUGGCCCACCUACAUAAACUCUGUUAUAAUGUUAGAGUUAUUUAUCUAAUAUCAUUAUAUAGAUUUUCCUUCAUGAUUUUACAUCAUAGUCUGAAAUGUUUAAAUAAAAAUAUCCUGUGUUUGAUCUGAUAGACUUUAAAUAUCAUGUUCACUAUGUUAAGUGUCCAUACAUACUAAUGUUGACAGGUGUGAAGCUGCUCGUGUGUUUGUGUGUGUGUGUGUGUGUGUGUGUGUGUGUGUGUGUGUGUGUGUGUGUGUGUGUGUGUGUGUGUGUGUGUGUGUGCUACAUAAACAACUGAUAAAUGAACAGAUCUCUUUCAGCUCAUUGUCCUCUUUUUACAGUCAUGUAAGUUCUUUUGAGUGACAGCUGAUGUUGAGUUUCUUCUCAACCCUGUGCCCACCCUGUUUUACCCAGGACCACCUACUGUUCACUAUCUGACAGGAAUGUUGUGUUCAGUGUUAAUUAUACUUUAUAUAAUAAAAUCUGUAGAUGAAGAGUGUGUUAUUGUGUCUCUAUACAGGUUGGAGAGUUGUGGUGUCUCAGAUGAAGACUGUGCUGCUCUGACUUCAGCUCUGAGAUCAAACCCCUCACACCUGAGACACCUGGAUCUGUCCUGGACUAAUCUAGGAGACUCAGGAGUGAAGAGUCUCUCUGCUGUACUGGAGAAUCCUCACUGUAAACUGGAGACACUGGGGUUGCGUAUGUGUGAUGUCUCAGAUGAAGGCUGUGCUGCUCUGACUUCAGCUCUGAGAUCAAACCCCUCACACCUGAGACACCUGGAUCUGACCUGGAAUAAUCUAGGAGACUCAGGAGUGAAGAUUCUCUCUGCUGUACUGGAGAAUCCUCACUGUAAACUGGAGACACUGGGGUUGUGUGAGUGUGGUGUCUCAGAUGAAGGCUGUGCUGCUCUGACUUCAGCUCUGAGAUCAAACCCCUCACACCUGAGAUACCUGGAUCUGUCCUGUAAUAAACUAGGAGACUCAGGAGUGAAGAGUCUCUCUGCUGUACUGGAGAAUCCUCACUGUAAACUGGAGACACUGAGGUUGGAUAAGUGUGGUGUCUCAGAUGAAGGCUGUGCUGCUCUGACUUCAGCUCUGAGAUCAAACCCCUCACACCUGAGACACCUGGAUCUGUCCUAUAAUAAACUAGGAGACUCAGUAAAGAAGCUGCUGUCUGAUCUUGAGGAUGAUGAACAUUACAAACUACAGACAGUGAUGUGAGUAAUGAGCUGUUAAUAAAAGUUUACCCUCAUUAUCAUUACACAUUGAUACACAUCACAUUUCUCUUCAAUAACUUUCACAUUAUCAGGUUAGAAAAUGUCACUAUAUUCUGUUUAAUCAGGAUUUUUCUAACGAUUCUCUUUAAUGCUGUUUUGUGUUCAGUAAAGUGUGUUGAUGUAAAAUUCAUGUGAAGGCAGAAAACAGGGAUUCAGACAGUCUACAAAAAGUCACCAAUGAGUUGAUGAGAGUGAUUGUUAAUGAACAUUGUGUCUUCUGUCAUUCCUGUAAAAUUCACCUGAGUUUGUUCUUAAAGUCUGCACUUAAAUAUAAAUGUAGAACAAGAUCUAAAUGACACAGUAGUGUUUGUUAUAUAAAAAAGCUCCUGUGAUUGGAUAAGAGCAGUGAUGUGAUGGGUAAAGAUCUGCUCAUUAUCCUGUUAGAACUUGUGGAAGUUCUCAUUUGUUCUAGUUAAAUGUUACAACACAGAUGUUAGUAAGAAUGAAGAAAUGUUGAAUGAUUCAUUAUAAACAGGAGAUGAUGAUGUUUCUGUUGGAGCAGAGAUGAUUACAUGCUGUUGGUCAUGAAGUACCACAGUCCACUUUGUGCUGAUUAAUUCACAUCUUUUUCUUUCAUAUUCAGCUUCUAAUGAAUAUCUGUGUGUGAUGAAGACUCCAGUGUUCCUGCAUUACCAUGAUGGAGAAUAGAGAACAUGUUUAUUAACACAUCACUCAUUUAGUUCUAACACAUUAAACACACACAGAGACGUGAGAAGUGUGUGUUCAUCGUGUACAGUGAAUCAGACUAAACACAAUUCUACACUGAGUUUAUAAUGACCUCUGAUCCCUGGAUAAAAUUCCCUGGACCUCAAUCCCAUAAAAACCUGAGGGAUUAUUUGUAACAGCAGGUGAAAAUCCACAUGAACUCGAGCUGAACCCUGUUCAUUUUACUGUUUGUGUCAUUUAUUAUGUGUUUAUUAUUGUGAUAUAAUUUACACUUUUUACACAUGUACACUUAUAGCUAUAUUACUGGGUACAUAACUAAAAUUAUAUUGUAUAAAGGCACUUAAAUGUCUUGUAGAAAUACAUCAUACAUUUAGAAGGAAUGAAUUACAUCAUAUUAUAAAGGAUGAAUUUAAAUAAUAAAAUAAUAAAACUUCAUUUCUUUCGCUCACUGAUUAUGAUAUAAACUAUAGAGUUAAUGUGCUUCUUUUCUCUCAUUCUAUUUUCAGUGUAAGUUUUGCUCGUGUCUUGUCGUCUAUAUCCAGCUCUGUGAACUUUUAUUAAUAAAUACAAUAAAAAUAUAUUUUUAACUAUAUUUUAUUCACAACGUGCUUCUAAUGAACGUUCUGUUAUUUUGUUUAUACCUGAAUACUGAAUAAACAAUUAUUAACACA